AUGGUCAAAGCUGUAGUCUGCGGUGCUGCCGGUGGUAUCGGUCAACCCCUCUCUCUGCUCCUCAAGCUCAACCCAAUCAUCACUGAGCUCGCCCUCUACGAUGUGGUCAACGCCAUAGGUGUUGCUGCCGAUUUGUCCCACAUUCCUACUCCAGCUCAAGUAACAGGCUAUCUCCCACCCGAUAAUGGAGCUGAGAAAGCUCUCAAGGGAGCCGAUAUCGUUGUUAUCCCAGCUGGUGUACCUAGAAAACCAGGUAUGACACGUGAUGAUCUUUUCGUCAACGCCGGUAUCUGUGCAACUCUCGCUCAAGCUAUUGCCAACGCCGCACCAAAAGCUUUCAUCUUGGUCAUCUCUAACCCUGUCAACUCGACUGUUCCAGUCUUCGCUGAGACCCUCAAGAAAGCUGGUGUCUUCGAUCCCAAGAAACUUUUGGGUGUAUCUCACCUCGAUGUCAUCCGAGCUUCUACCUUCGUGGCUUCAGUUCUCGGUAAACCCACCGACGCUCAAAAAUACAACAUCCCAGUGGUUGGUGGUCACUCUGGUGCUACCAUCUUACCUUUGCUUUCUCAAACUAAACCUGCCAUCCCUGAGAUCCUGGCCGACAAGGAGAAGAGAGAUGCUUUGGUAAACCGAAUCCAAUUCGGUGGUGAUGAAGUUGUCAAAGCUAAGGACGGUGCUGGUUCCGCUACUCUUUCGAUGGCUCAAGCCGGAGCUGAAUUCGCCAACUACGUCAUCGAUGCUGCUUUCGGUGGAAAGAAGGGCAAGAUCGUUCAAUCAUACAUCAACCUCGCUGCUGAUGCUGGUGGUGAAGCUAUCAAGAAGGAAAUUGGAGCUGAUUUGGACUACUUCUCUGUUAACAUUGAGCUUGGACCCAACGGUAUCGAGAAAAUCCUUCCUAUCGGUCAACUUGAUGAUGUAGAGAAAGGUCUGCUCGAAGCUGCCGUCAAGGAGCUUGGUCCAUCCAUCGAGAAGGGUGCCGCUUUCCAGCCCGCUCCUCCCAAACUCUAA